AUGAUCACCAGACGCGCUCUCUCAUCACUCCGCCGCGCCCCUCUCGCUCGUGGGCUUUCUUCUAGGGCAUCCACGGUCCUAUCUGCGUUGGAUAUACGGGCUGAGAAGGAGUUGCCUGGUGUGUACGACGGCGAGUGGACGGGGUCGGGUGACGUCCUGGAAAGCGUGUGCCCGACGACCGGAGAGGUCCUCGCACGCGUCAAGUCGGCCACUCCUGCUGAGGUCGAGCGUGCUAUUCAGAGAUCGAGAGAGGCGUACAAGGUCAUACGGAGCGUCCCCGCACCGAAGCGAGGUGAAAUAUUGAGGCAGAUACGGGAGGCGCUGGCGACCAAGAGAGAUGCUCUGGGCGCCCUCGUGUCAUUAGAGAUGGGGAAGAUCCGGACAGAAGGAGAGGGAGAGGUGCAGGAGUUCAUUGACAUUGCGGAUUAUGGCGUUGGAUUAUCUCGUAUGAUGAAUGGUCGAGUCGUCGCGUCUGAGCGUCCGGGUCAUAGCAUUCUUGAAGUCCCCAACCCACUUGGAGUGGUCGCGGUGCUUUCCGCGUUCAACUUUCCUGUGGCGGUCUACGGCUGGAAUCUCGCGUUGUCGUUGGCGGCAGGAAACGCGACACUUUGGAAACCUGCUCCGAGCACGCCUCUUUGCUCUAUCGCGGUGACGAAGAUCGUCUCAGAAGUGCUGGAGAGGAACGGCGUGCCAGGUGCCGUGGCCGGUCUCGUCCUCGGCGGGAAGGCCGUCGGCGAGCACGUCGUUGGUAGCUCCGACGUGGAUAUGGUUUCCUUCACGGGCAGCGAAGCCGUCGGACGCGAAGUCGGCAAGGUCGUUCAAGGCCGUUUUGGCAAAGUGCUGCUCGAGCUCGGAGGCAACAACGCUGCUGUCGUCAUGCCCGAUGCCGACCUAAACCUCGCCGUGCCCGCGGUCUUCUUUGGGGCAGUCGGUACCGCCGGUCAGCGCUGCACGACCACGCGCCGGCUGUAUCUUCACUCCAACGUUGUCGAGGACUUCCUCGCACGCCUCGAAGGGCUCUAUCAGUCUGUCCGCCCUGGCGACCCGCUUGAUCGCUCUACGCUUCUCGGACCCCUGCACAACCGUGCUGCUGUCCAGACCUACGAUGCCGCCAUCCAGCACCUGAAGGAGAUCGGAGCGGAGAUCAUGACAGGCGGCGCGCUUUACCGCGACCUCGCGAGCCCGCUAAAUGGCGGCAAUUUCGUCAUGCCCACUAUCGCGAUCCCACAGGAGGUGAACGUGAAGGAUAAGGUGUGGAGCACGGAGACGUUCGCCCCGGUGCUCACGGUGGGCGUGUUCGACGAGCUCGAGCAGGCGGUCGAGUGGAACAACGGCGUGCCGCAGGGCUUGAGCAGUAGCCUGUGGACUCGGGACAUCAGGAACGUCGGAAAGUGGAUCGGGCCUGCUGGCUCGGACUCUGGCAUUGUCAACGUCAAUGUUGGCACUAGCGGUGCGGAGAUUGGGGCUGCGUUUGGCGGCAACAAGAGUACCGGUUGGGGGCGCGAGUCCGGUGGUGACGCUUGGAAGCAAUACGUCCGUUGGAGCGCAGCUACGAUCAACUUCUCGGACGAGGCUCCCCUUGCGCAGGGCGUGCAGUUCUCGAACACCGCAUGA